UUUGUACUUUGUGUAAGCUAAAGUUGAAAGGUUAUGUUAGCUGAUUCAUGUGAAUUAUUUAGUAACUUAACUUAUUUAGGAUACAAUACGUGAACCCUUCUUGUGGUUGAUCAUAAAAAUGGGUUGCUUUUACAUUUGAUUAUCCAAAACAUUUCUUAUACAUGAUUUAAAAUCAUUACAACUUUAAAUGAGUUUCAACUUUGUAAAUCCCAAGGUGCAUAACAAAUGUUGUUCUAGUGAUUUGAUAUUCAUCUUCGUUGAUGAGUGUAGUUAACGCCCGAGGUAAAAAUCUUGAUGUGAGUAGGCCUACAAUUACAAAUUGAUUUUCAACUAUUGGUGCAUUAUGGAAUGUGAUUUGGAAAGACUUACGAUUAAACAGAAAAUAAAAGAGCUAAUGAAAUGGCAAGAAACUCAAGAGAAAUCGUUUCAUAACCAAUCUUCUGAAUCUUCCAGUGCUGAUAAUGAUAAAUUUCAUAUUGACAGUAAAUUAGAGGACGAUCAGUCAUCUGGUAGAAUUAUGGAAAGCUACGAUAAAUUUCUUCCUUCAAAUAUAGAAGUAGUAAAUGAUAAAUUUAGCAAUAAUGAUGUUGCAAUUACUAUCAAAGCCAAGAAACCUUUUCUUAGAAAAGGAGCUGGUUUAGCCCGAUACAAAAUGACUCAUAAUACAGUUUCUUCCAACAGGCCUAAAUCAAGGCAAACUAAUGCUGCAAAAUCAGAUUAUUCUAAUAAUAAGCCUGUAACAAAAUCAAAGACAUGUAAUCAGACUAUUCCUGAUGACUUAGGAACCAAUUCAAGAAAAAUGAAGGUGACAAAAUCUAAUUUUUGUACUUCUGAUGAGAUUGAAAGUAAAUCCAGUGGAAUGCAGGUGGCAGUACCUAACAAACUAGAAGAUGUCACCAAGUGGGCAGAUGUUCUUCAAAAACAAUCUGAAAUGUCUAGUCGAGAAGCUGAUGAACUGAGGAUAUUUGAAAUGCUGGAAGAAAAGGCGGCUGAAUCAAGCUUUUGUUCCUCGUCGUCUAUUGUUGCAAAAUUUAUGGAAUUGACUGUUAGAUCUACUCCCAAGAAAAAUAAAAAUAAUAAAGUCGGUAUUACAUGUUCCGAGACGUUGAAAGUAGUCGACCUGGCAUGUCCAGUGAAUGGGGAGUGCUAUUCGAGCAGCGAUGGUGAAUCUGAUUUUGCCUCUUCAGAUUGUGAUUCAGAAAAGUCAUCCUGCUCUUUGACCAGUGAAGGUCGUAUGAUUCUCUCUUUAAUCGACAAGUACAGAGAAUUUGCUCUUCUAGACGGAGAUCUCGGUUCUAACUCAUUUUCAAACAUCUCUGAUAAUAAUGUGAAUGACUUCUUCCAUAGGACUAAUCGUGCGGAAACUCCAGUAAAGAUACGUGAAAUCAAGGAAAAUGAAACAUGUGACAGGGAGGUAGAACCUAAUAACGAUGCUUCACAAUCCUUAGAUGAUAUUGAUGAAGAAGUUAAUGAAACACUACUUGAUCCAAGCAAGAAUGAAGAUUUAAAAGCGACGAGCUCAAUUACUCCUGCAGUAGAUAAAUGUAGUUCAACAAAUAUGACAACUAAUGACAAUUUAAACAAGAAUGGGAAUACCAAUCCAACAAAAAUGACUCAUAGGCCUAAUGAAAAUUCAAAUGACACAGAUUCGGUCAUGGAUGGAUCAGUUCCAUAUGGUGUGGGGCUCAUCAAUGGCGCUUGUAACUUACAGUCUUAUAUGAAAAAGAUACAAGAAGAAUUGAAGAACUUGGAAAAUGAAACAGAACGAGUGCGACAAGUGAGAGGGAGGUAUGAGGAGGAGUACAGGAAAUUCAAGAGAGAGAAAGAAACUUUUUUAAGGACUCAUGAAAACGAACGACGUCUCUUUGAAAUUGAAAUAGAAGAAGAGAAGAAGAAGCUGCAAAAGGAAAGAACAGUCUUUGAGAGACACUCGAAACCACUUAGAAGUAAACCAGCUCUUGCUCUUGAAAACGAGAUAAAAAUGUUGCAGGAAAAAGUUCUGAAACUCCAGGAUGAACUGAAAGAGAAGCAAAAGAAUUGGGCUAUAUCUCAAUCCUCUGUCAGAUCUCAACUGCACAGUUUAGUGGAAGCGAACAAAACCCUGCGUCAAGAAAUGAUUGAAAUGAAAGAUAGAGAAAAGAAACUACUGGAAAAAGAGAAAAAAAACAGAAUUCAUAGUUAUAGACAAAAAUCACAAUUUAAGAAUGUGAACGAUCAUUUGGAAGCUGUUAAUGAAUCCGAUUUUGAGCCACCAGCGGUUGUAGAAUGUAUCAGCUCAAAUACUGCUCCUAAGACAAAUGUGCGAGUGAUGAAAAAUGUGGAAAAAUCCUGUGAUAAGAACGAUAACGUCAACGAAGAUCACUUAUUCCCACCUGAGAAACCUUUAAAAAUUCUUCAUCCAAACGGUGACAUUCAAAUAACUUAUGAUGAUGGAACAAAUCACUACUACUUCAAGGAAUCACAUGUUUGGCAUAAAAAGUACUGUGAUGGCUUGGAGUUGGUUGUAUUUGAUGAUGGACAAAUUGAGAUUAAUUUCGAAGAUGGAACAAGAGAGGUGCUUUAUACCAACGGGUGCCGUAAACUAUUCGUGACUGGUGGUGACGAAUUAUGGUGCUACAAAAACGGUGACCAUGUAAUAGUGAAAAAAAGCGGUGAUAGAGUUUUGGCUUUUGCAUCGGGUGAAGUUGAAAUUCACCGAAAAGAUUAUAAACUGAAACAAUAUCCUGAUAGCUCUUGCAAGUAUUUGUUUGCGAACGGUGUAACUGAGACUAGGUAUGCGGAUGGAAGGGUUCGGGUGAAAGACAAGGAGGGUAAUUUAUUGAAGGACAAUAAACAGGAUCUCACUCAACAAUGUAUGAAACUACUUGACAAAGUGAUGACUAAUUCAUCAUGAACUCUUGAUGAAUUAUUCCAUGGCUGUGAUAAACAUAUAAAAUACUAGUUCUAGUCUCCCCGAAAAUAAUUAGGUGAUUUUGAAUUGACAAACUAUCAUCCUUGAAGUAAUUAUUUGUUCAUCAAAUUUAAAAAUUCAAUUGAGUAUUAGCCUUCCAUUAUCUUCGAUUCAAAACGGUGGUGUUUAAUAGCUUAUCAAUUCAUAAUAAACUUCAAAAGCAAGUGUCAACAUCGGAAACUAUCCAUAUU